AUGAGUGACCCCAGUGGUAAAGAGGCUCGGGAGCGACCUCUGAUCGAGAGCUUCUUGGAACUGUCGGGCGAGCACAGCAUGACACACCACGAACCCCUUCAGCCAGUAGUGAUGCAGCCCGUCGAGUCCCGGACUUUUCCAGUUCGGGGCUCUACGGACUGCCUCAGAUACGUCGUCUGGUGUUAUGACAACGGGGUCCAUGGGUGUAAUAUCUGCACAUUGGCUCACCACGACUUGCGUCCAAGGGCCCUCACUGUGGUCUACGGGCUCUCACCACAGGCUGCGCCAGAAGGCGGCAACGUCAGCCUGGUCCGGUCCUUGGCCCGUUCCACAACUCACUGGUCGCUCCAAAGAUUUUUAGAGUCUCUUUUGGUCACUCUGGAAAAGGCGAUUCUGGCUAAACCGCGCCGUCCUCUCGCGAACGCCAUCCUAACGGUGCGCACAAUUCUGGGCCUAUUAUUGCCCGACCUGAAGCUUAUCAGCCUGCCGAUCUUGGCCCUCACCUUUGCGAUACGGUCCUCAAUUCUUCUUCUCCAUUCUGGGAUAGUGCUACCUGGUCUGGUAGCACGUCCAGUCUUGGGAAGUUUGGCGCCCACGAUUCGGCAUACUGCCAGUGCAGCGCCAAAGAGAAUUGAGUCCGUAUCGCAAAGAUCCCGGCUAGCUUCCAAAUGGGUUGCCAGCAUCGGGUUAAGAGACCUCACGACAGACCGACUCCGCUUACUUAGGGGUAUGCGGGGGAGACGUGGUCGAUUCUCGAGAGGCGUUUCGCGCACCUCCAGAAGUUGCCUCCUCCAAUAUGCUUCCCAUCUGCUCUAUUUCUUGGGCGACUAUUCCAUCAUCGCACGAAUCUAUAGGAGCCGGGGGGAUAAACGCGGCCUCCGCAUCUGCUUG